CGGUUUAGCGCUCAGUGAUCUGUGCAGGUAUAAAAGCACACGUGAAGGAUGAGUUCUGAUGAUGACCUCUUUGUGGACCCUACUCUUCACGAUGAGACUCUCUGGCUCUUGCGUCAGGCUUGUUCUGUCGAUGCUGGUGUUUAUAACAGUUGUGUAUUCAGCAGCUAUGAGAGGCCAGAAUGAAGACUUUCUAAACUUUUUAAAUGAAGCCUUUAAUAGGGACAGCCCUGAGCCAGCAGUCGUAACUGUCUCAGAUCCAUCAAAUGCUGUUGGUGCUCCAGACCCAAUAGCAGUGUGCUCAACUUCCACUCCAAUGGAUAACCCUGCUGAAUUAUUCAGUGUGACUCCAGAGACUGAUUCAGUGGAAUAUCCAGACACUGCUGAUGAAAAAUCUAAAGAGAACAGCAAAUCUGCUGAUCGAACAGACAAUUAUGAUCACCAAAGUUCAAAGAAAAGAAACAAACUACCUGAAACCUUAGGAUUAGACAAUGAUUCUGAUGACAGUAAAAGUGCAGAAAGGACAGACAUGGACAAAUAUGUUAACACAGAGAAUAAGAAACAACCCAGCAACCCAACAGAAGAGAACAGGAGCAGCCAGGAGAUGUAUGGACCUUGGGAUUUUAUGACAGACCAAGAAAGGAAGAAGAGGAUGGACACUGAGAGAGGAAGGGAGGAACACAGAGUGACUCAAAUCACUGAGACUGAGGCCACUAAAAUGGACAGUUACUUACCUGGCCAACCCCAGGCUAAAGAGAGAAACAGAAAAGACAAGACCGAGAUGAUGAGAGAAAACAGUGACUCUGUCCCGCUGAGUGAUAGCCAGAAUAUUAUUGAUCAGAGUCAGGAGUGUUUGGAGGUGUCCAGCUGGAUGAUGAGAUAUCCAGAUGGGGAAAACACUAGUGUAGGUGCAGGUGUAGAUCCACAGAGUGAAGAGGGAAUCACAAAUUAUGAGCGCCAGCUAAGGAAACUGUGUGCUGCUAGAAAGAGACUGAGGACACCAAGAACUGAGAGAGAGCAGCUGGACACAGAUAGUGCAGAAAGGGUGAAUAGUGAGCUUCUAGACAGAGAUAACAGCAGUGAGAGAAUUCCUGCUUAAACCCUGUGAGGACUUUCAUUGUAUAACCAUUUUUAUUUUUCGUUAUGUUCCAAAAUGUGAAUUGUAACUGUUAAAAAAUGUCCGAACUUUUGUUCCUAUGAUUGUGUUGUCUUAUCCUUUCAUCUAUCCCUGACAACUCUCUCUGCAGAUAUAAUGAGGAGUGUGUCUGUGCCAGACCCCCCGCUAAGCUGUUAGUCAGAAAACCCUCAUGGUGGCUGCCACUUUUUGAUCAUCAGAUUUUGUCUUUGGGUCAUCCAACAGCAAAGCGGCAUCACGCAGGCCUUCCAGGUACAGCUGGCUCGUCCAUGUCUGCUUGGGGCCAUAAAUUACGUAGCUCGUCUCGUCUGCUGCAGGCUUCAUCUGCUCUAAUGGACCUCAGAGAGUCUUUCGCCAUCUCGUAAUCAUGACAGAGAUGUCAGCGUGUUAGAGAAGAUUUACAACAGAUUCUCACUUGUAGAGAUUGUGAAAUGUGCUCUCUGCUUGCAGCUGUGCUGCAUGGCUAUCAUUCUUAACACGGUGAUGCUACAUGGUAAAAGAGGAAACUCAUAUAAAGGGGCUGGACUAUAUGACAUAAUCAAAAUAACACACUGGCGGAAAAAAAUAAAACAUGUAACUCACUAUGAAAACUACACCAAUAAAUAAAUAAGUACAAACUCGUUUCCUUGCAAGCCUGUUCUUUUAUGAUAAUGGACCAAUUCAGAAGUCAGGUGGUCUUUAGGAUUAGUUGGUUGUUGCUGUAGUCUUGAUGGUUUCUAUAUUUAAGAGGCAGCCUGUGGGGGAAGAGUUUGAUCUUACAAGUCAAAGACAUGCUUAAAAUACAUCAGAAACAUGAGCAGUGCAACCGUUAUCAAGCCUAUAAGCCUUUGAUGGUAUCACAAGUACCCCAAAUAUCUGAUUAAAGAUUCAUCUAAUUUUAAAAUGUAAAGAUGCCUAGUUUUUGUCAAUCUGGAAAGAAAUAAAAAGUGAUCUUUGUAUAAUAGUGUGAAGCUGCAUCAGAUGUUGCUGUGGCUAAAUUCUGGUCAGUUUUUUUGUUAAUGUCUGUAACAUAUUUUGACAUAAACAUUAAAUUCUUUUAUUUAUGGUCUUAUUUUAUGGUCAGUCUUCCUAAAGAUGUUUUAAUUGCUAAUUUGCUAGCAAUUUAGAGCUUUCCUCAUGUAGUAAAUGGCAUGCUUCGAUCAAGUUGUUGGUUAGGUGCCAUAGUCA